AUGCUAUCAUCGCCCUCGGUCACCCGUGGGAGUGCUAAGUUACAACAGUGGCAGUGUUUGCCAAUUUACCAGGAAGCUGUGGCACCUCAGCCUUCUCACGGGGACUCCAUGCUGGCAGAAGAUGAACCUGAGCCAGCGGCGGGCAGCAGAGGCAGGAAGCUGCCCGCACCCUACAGCCGGCCCAGACAGCUUCCCGACAGGUGGCAGCACGACCUUUUCGAUGGCGGCUUCGGCGCGGGCGCCCAUUUGGAGACGGGAGGCAAACUGCUGGUGUCCAACCUGGACUUCGCAGUGUCCGACGCGGACAUCCAGGAGCUGUUUGCGGACUGCGGGACUCUGAAGAAGGCCGGCGUGCACUACGACCGCUCUGGCCGCAGCCUGGGAACGGCCCACGUGCACUUUGAGCGGAAGGCAGACGCCCUGACAGCCAUGCAGCAGUACCACGGCGUCCCCUUGGACGGCCGCCCCAUGAACAUCCAGCUCGUCACCUCACAGGGAGACACGCAGCGCAGGCCGGGACCCAGUGUCAACAGAGGCGGGAGGACUAGGAACCGAGGAUCUGGAGGCUUCGGUGGCGGCACCCGCAGAGGCGCCUGCGGAGACAGCCGGGGCAGAGGCAGGGGCACCGGCCAGAGUUCCAGGCAGCAGAUCUCUGCGGAGGAGCUGGAUGCCCAGCUGGACGCUUACAACGCGAGGAUGGACACCAGCUAAAGCACCAGCCAGACGCUUACAACGCGAG